UGAUGAAGGACUGCACACCCAUUUUAGAAGGUGAAUUCGAAAUACUUCGAGUGACUCCAGAUUUGUAUGAUGACGUUGAAGAGCUAUUGACAAGGAUUUCAUUGGAGGAGGAAUUCGGAUGCCUUGCUACCAGGCUUAAGGAAUCUUCCUUGGCCGUGAGUGAGUUUCGCACAUUAAUUCGGCACAUCCUUACCCUGGGCGUAUCCUUUGCCAUAAGGCAUGUGAAAAGUGGAAGUAUUGUGGCCGCCAUUGCCAGCCUGGUAUACAAUCCAAGAGCGGAUAGCUCCUAUGAUAAUCUGGAAACAAAGUUUAGGAGUCCCAAUAUGCUGAGUUAUAUCAGAUUAUUUGAUGCUGUCGAUGAGAGUUGCAAUCUCAAGGUGGGUAUGGAGAGCUGGAUGGAGGUGGAGUAUAUGGUGACCUUGCCGGAAUUCAGAUGUCGAGGUUUGGCAUACUAUUUGUGCCGGCAUACCAUUGAUUUUGGAAAGCUCAUGGCUCAUGGAAAACUACCAUCGGAUGUGUUCCUAAAACUGCCGGAGGAGAUGCAAAUUGAAAGACCUGAGGCUAUUACCACAAUAGCCACAUCUCUUACCUCCCAAAAAUGUGGCAUUAAGCUGGGAAUGCAGGUGGCCCACAGGUGGCACAUUACGGAACUACAAUCUCUGGGUGUUACCAUUAUAGAUCCAAUGGAGGGAUUGGAAUACGCGGAGCUGCAUGUUAUGAGACUUUAA